AUGCGCGAAAAAGGCGGAAUUUUCAAGGAUAAACAUUCGGAAACUUUGCUUCGGCCAUUUUUCAACGGACAUGUCGGUGUGCGAGCGGUUAUAGCGGCAAUUUAUCACCACCCACUAAGCGUUCGAGACAGAAAUCGCCGAUCAUUCGGUAGAGGAGAGACGAAUGAGGAGGACACGGAGGAGGUUGCAAUGAACGGAAGCCUUCGGCAAGAGAUGGUAGCUGAGAAGGGUCGAGGUCUGAAGGGGAACCGACCAAGUUCGAGUCGGUUGUCGGGCAUGCUUGUCCUAGCUGGCCCCCGACACACACACGCACCCAUCCAGGACUGA